AACCUGGAGCUGCCCAAGCACGCCACUGGCAAGGUCAUCGGCACUGGGGGCAAGCAGAUCGCGGAGAUACGCCAAACGAGUGGCGCUCAGGUCGACGUGGACAAGUCUGGGGACUUCUGCCGCGUACGAGUCAUGGGCCCUCGCGAGUCCGUGGAGAAAGCGAAGAGGCUCAUCGCGGCCAUCAUGGACCCGCCCUCGGCAGCCCCGGCGGUGGGGCAGGGGCAGGCCACCCCUGGCUUCUUCAUGCAGCUCCCGCGGAACGCCGUCGGGCGCCUCAUCGGCGCGGGCGGCGCCCGCAUCACGGAGCUGCAGGAGAAGAGUGCUUGCAAGAUCGACGUUGACCGGUCGACCGAACCGCCUACGGUGAGGUUCAGUGGGACACCGGAGUCCAUUGAAGUU